AUGAAUAUUACAUGCAAUGAGUGUAACAGUGAAGAACACAACACUGCUCUCCAUCCAGGACCACCACCUUGGCCCAUCAGCAUAAGAUCCGCUGCAGAGAACGGCGGGGAGGAUAACCCCCCUAUAGCUACUGGAGUGGUUUCGCAGUGCACACAAGUUUGCGGUGGUGAACUCUCAGAAAAGUCGUGCUCCAAGAUAUGCCUCGUCAAUGUCUACCCUGCCGACCAACCAGACAAAACAGUGAGGAUGUACGCCAUCAUCGAUGAACAAAGCAACCGGUCUUUGGUACGCUCAGACUUUUUUGACACAUUUAAAAAUGAUGGGCCCAGUUUCCCCUAUUCCCUUAAAACUUGUGCCGGAGUUAUACAAACCAUGGGAAGAAGAGCGUCAGGCUUCCAGGUGGAAUCCUUAGACGGGAAAAACAGCCUUCCACUUCCAAGUCUCGUCGAAUGCGACAAAAUACCCAACGACAGGUCCGGCAUCCCAACUCCUGAGGCAGCCCUCCACCACCCACAUCUGAGAAAAAUAGCACACCUCAUCCCCACCGUGGAGCCUAAAACUCCUAUAAUGCUCCUUCUGGGGCGUGACAUUCUAAGGGUACACAAAGUGCGCCAACAUAUAAACGGCCCCCAUGAUGCCCCAUAUGCACAGAAACUGGACCUCGGAUGGGUCAUAGUUGGCAAUGUCUGUUUAGGGAAAUUUCACCCACCCACCAUAAUAAACACAUUGCAUACACAUAUAUCCGAUGGGGGACGCCCUACCCUUUUCGAACCGUGCCCGAACAGAUUCGAAAUUAAAGAGAGCUUCAGCAUCAGCAAGAGGCCAUACUCUACCGAGAUGGAAGACCACCUAUUUCAACGGACCAAGGACGACGAAAGGGCGGCGCCUUCUAUUGAAGAUAUCGCCUUCCUGAACAUCAUGGAGCUGGGGAGCCGAGAAAGACAAAGACAACAGCUGGGUUGCUCCUCUACCCUUUAG